AUGAGCUUACCCUCAGAGCUUCUCGAGGAAGUUGUCCUAAGCCUCAACCUCCAGGAUGUAUGCAACCUGCGGCUGGCUGCCUCUGGGAUUGCCAGCCAAAUCGCCCAAGGAUCAUUCAGAGCCCAGUUCAAGAGCAAGAGUGUGAGGGUCUCGUGCGAGGAUUUCCGGUGCUUUGCGAUGGUCACCCAGCCGAAUUGGCUGGGCUGCGCUCUGGAGCACCUUACCAUCAUUGGCAGUCCGCAGGAGAAUAUCGAUGCCGGCGAGCCUGAUGAUGCCGAGAUCUCAGAACUUCUCCUGAAAGCUCUGAAGCAGCUGCGAGCUAAUUCGAAGACCGGCGCUCUCCGCUCGAUCAACCUUGCGGUCGAAGAUACGACGGUCAUGAGGGAGCAUUUCAGUUACACCUGCGAUUGGCGUCUAAUCUGGAAAUGCGCGGACAAGACUGCACGUUUGCUGGCAAGGGCUAUGCUGGGCUCGGCUAUCCCAGUCCAGAGUCUCGACCUAUACAGCUCCACACCGCGCUGCGCCCUGAAUUCCUCUCAGCUGCAGACGCUGCUCGACACCUUCGACAUGCCAGAGCUUCGAUCGCUCUCAUUCGCUGUCUCCAACAACGAAGAUGGCACGGUCGAUGAUGAGGGCGUCGGACUCUCAAAAUGCCUCAAGCGUUUUCUCAUCCGCCACUCGCGAGGGAUGGAAGAAUUGAAUAUGCGGUGGCUCAACCUGCAUCUAACAGACGUGCCCUACGCAAAGAUCGAACGGCAGCGAUUUUUCGAUGGUUUCGCCGGAUUGUCUCUCCCAUCGCUCAACACACUUUCCCUGAAAGGCAUGGAAAUCACCUCGGAAGCUUUGGUGUCUUUCUUGUCAACAAAUCCGCAGGUCCGUCGGAUCAACCUCGAAUGGCUGCAUAUAUUAGCCGGCAAGUUUGAUGCGGUCUGUAUCCAGAUGACCAAAUGCCUUGAGCUUGACUCUAUCUACUUGAGUGAUCUGUGGGAGCGCCGUCUACUCGAAUUUCCCGGUGCAGAUGGUCCAGCCCAUUUUCCUGGCUAUGGAUUCCCGACUUGGACUUUGCGCACAGGACUGGGAACACGAGAGAAGAUUCAGUACAGGGACGUGACUGGGAAUAUGAAAGGAUCGUUCGCAGCCAACAACUGGCGUCGCGAGCGGGGUCAGCUCUAUGGUCCGCCUGGGUCAGGGGCCUGA